AUGGAAGUAGAUCGGAGAGUGGGCGUGGCGAUUGAUUUCUCGCCGUGCAGCAGGAAAGCUUUGAAAUGGGCGGUGGAUAACGUCGUCCGUGAUGGGGAUCACCUUAUCCUCGUCACGGUACGUCCCGAAGGGAACUAUGAGGAUGGAGAGACGCAGCUCUGGCAGGCCACUGGUUCCCCUUUAAUUCCUCUGAAGGAGUUUUCUGAUCCGGUAACGAUGAAGAAGUAUGGAGUGAAGCCUGAUCCAGAAACCCUGGAUAUUAUAAACACUGCUGCCAACCAGAAACAGAUUGUAGCACUUAUGAAGAUCUUUUGGGGUGAUCCUCGCGAGCAAUUAUGUGAAGCUAUUGACAAGAUCCCUUUGAGCUGCCUUAUUAUAGGCAACAGAGGGCUUGGCAAGAUCAAGAGGGCCAUAUUGGGCAGUGUAAGCAACUAUGUGGUAAACAACGGAAGCUGCCCUGUUACAGUUGUGAAACAGGGUGAUCAUGAAAACUAG